ACAAAACAUAUCAACAAUGUUCGGUCUCCGCGCUUGGCCCACUCCCGUCGUUAAGCCUCUUUGGCCCUUCAUGGCUUCCGGUAUCAUCACCAUCGCUGGUGUCUGGGCUCUCCAGGACAUUGCCGUCAGCACCCCUGACGCCCUCAAGGACCCCAAGAACCCCUUCGCUGCCUCCAAGGCCAAGCAGGCCGCCCACUAAAUGGAGAAUUGCCCCCCAUUUGUAGUGUGUUGAAAUGAAGAAAUUGAAUCCCUGCAAACGUUCGCUCUGCGCUGGUGGAUGACCUGCUGUUUGGACUUUAAAGAGAGGGAGGAGGCGAGGAGAGAACCUGGACGGGGGCGACGGAUCAUACUGACAGCAAAACGAUCAUCAUGACGAGAUCAUGGGAGGAUGGGAGAAAAUCUGGACUGCUCAAGAGAGGGACGGGAUCACGGAAUCGUCAAAGCCCG